GUGGAAGUGCAAUUUCUAAAAGAGAUGGGUGCAAAUGUUUUUUUAAUUCCUGUAGCGGUGCAUGGCAGUUUAGGGCUGGUAAAAUAGACUGCAAAUAAUAAGCUGGUUUCCCUAGCCCCAGACCCCCUCACUGCCUGCAGUAACCAGAAGUGAAUAGCAGGCGACCCGGAAGAUGAGAUCUGCCUGAAACAAGCCCGAAGAUCAUCGCAACCCUUUUAUUUUUUUUAAACCAAGUUUUUUUUAAAAAAAGACCCCUUUGCAAGCAAGUUACCAUGGCUGAGCCACGAUUCAACAAUCCGUAUUUCUGGCCUCCACCCCCCACGAUGUCAAGCCAGCUCGAUAACCUGAUGCUGAUCAACAAGAUCAAGGAGCAGCUAAUGGCGGAGAAGAUCCGCCCGCCGCACAUGCCCCCCUCAUCCGUGCAAUCCCAGCAGCCCUUGCUGUUGCCAUCAACCUCGCAGAGCGGCCAAUCGCCCCUGUCGAUCCUGAAGCCACAGCAGCUGUCGGACGUCCACACGCAGCCCUCUCAGCCAGAUGUGGCUCUCCAUGCCAGACCUGCUACCAGUUCUGUAACAGGUAUUUUGAACUGGCUCAGCUUAUCUUCCCCCACUGCUACUUGUGACUCCAUCAGUGCAACAACCCCCACCUUAGCCAGCCAGGGCCGCUCUGAGGUCUCCUCUCCCACCCUAAUAUCUGGGCUGAUCACUCACCACGGCAUGGACCCUGCACACUCCAGCAAGAACGGCCUGCCCAGUUCCAUGAAGAUCGAACGAGGCCGGAAGAAGAUUAAGGGUGAAAACUGCAUCGGACCCCCUGUUCUCGUGGUGCCAUAUCCCAUUCUGGCUUCAGGCAACGAACCCUCGAAGGAUGGGAAAACGUACAGGUGUAAAAUCUGCCCUUUGACUUUCUUCUCCAAAUCCGAAAUGCAAAUUCAUUCCAAGUCACACACCGAAGCAAAACCUCACAAGUGUCCACACUGCUCCAAGUCGUUUGCCAAUGCUUCAUACCUGGCUCAGCAUUUACGUAUCCACUUAGGAGUGAAACCCUAUCACUGCUCCUACUGUGAGAAAUCCUUCCGGCAGCUCUCUCACUUACAACAGCACACAAGGAUCCACACUGGGGACAGACCGUACAAAUGUGCACACCCAGGCUGUGAGAAGGCUUUUACCCAGUUAUCAAACCUGCAGUCUCAUCAACGGCAACACAACAAAGACAAGCCGUACAAAUGUCCAAAUUGCUACAGGGCAUACUCGGACUCUGCCUCACUUCAGAUCCACCUCUCCACACAUACGGUCAAACACACUAAAGCCUAUUGCUGCAGCAUGUGUGGACGAGCCUACACCUCAGAGACAUACCUCAUCAAACAUAUGGCAAAGCAUACAGCAGUAGAGCAUGCAAUGGACACCCACUCCCCUCAGAGAACGGAAUCCCCUAGUUGUCCUGUUCGGAUUUCCCUCCUUUAAUCAGCCCCCGUGUUAGAACUCUGGGAAGUGGAUGCUCCGGGGCUGAGGUUAGGUGCUUUCUGCGGAUGGAUGAGAAGCUUUUCUUUCUCAUUUGCCUCCUCCUGCUAUUUAUUCAGUCUCUGAAAAGAGACCUAAUCACAGCAGAAACAUUCGCAUCAUUGCAGAGACUCCCAAAGACUGUUGAGCCUGAGUGUCAUCCAUCGCCGAGGAGGUGAGUGCCUGUAUCCCUCGGAUAAACACCUUCCGUUGCUGGGCAACGGCACUGGAAGCAAUGAUGUGAGCUACAGGCUGGUAACUUCCUCAAUAAGGGCAUGGAUUGUACUGUCUAAGACUUCAUAAGCUGUGUCUGAGAGCACCACUUUUAUUAAUGUUUAAUAUGUCUUACUAUUACACAGGAAGACGAAGGAGGAAUCAGUUAGAUAUAGAAUUAUAAAGCAGUAUCUCAUUUUGUUGUUCUGUGAUAGUGCGACAAAACUAGUUUUCAAUUAUUGGUUAUUAGCGAAUAUGAAUUAUUAUACUAAAUGUAUGGUCAAUUUUCAAGUGUUUAGUUGACGUCUUUGCUGUACUUUUUUCAGGCUGUACACAGGCCCCAGAGACAACUCAUUUUUAAUAUGCAUCCUAACCAGUUCAAUACAGAAUACCCACAUCCACCCUCACUGAACAUGUCUAUGAUAUUAUAAACUGUUUUGCUGACAACUAAACAGCCUCUGUGCACUUAAGACAAGUUGUCAUGAAUAGCAGGAAUCAAGUUUGAGUGUGCCUUUUGUUGCAGCGUAUGAGAGCCUUACAAAUGUAAUUUGCAAAGCAGAUGAACUAGGACCAGUUUAAUAGAGAGUCAAUGGCUCAAAGGCUGCAGAACAGAAAUCCCAGGAAAAUGAGCAUGAGGUGCGCUGAAAUCAAACUGGUUCAGUUUUCAGGCAGGUACUCCAAAAGUGUUGAGAGUGCUUUUGGGUGGUGAUCAAGUCUGACCUUCCAUGAGUGCCUGCCUUUUGUCACUUCUUGCCAGCAAACACAUGCAUGUCCUAUCAUGUUGCAAGGCCCUUCCUCCUGGAGUUGAAUCCAUUCAUCAUCCAUGUUCAACAUGCGUUGGAUCUUAAAAGGGUCAUAACAAAAACAUUUGGUGAAUCUCUCUGUUUACCAAUGCAUAAGACGAAUUAUUCUGAAACACAUCUCCGUGAUGCAUUUAUGACAAAGGUGCUAACACAUUGCUGGGAAUGAAGAGAUUUGUCCCAUACUCUGGCAUGAAGUCAAUCUCCUUUGAUAAGACAUAAAUGGGGAGGUCAAUUGAAAUCAAGACGUUGUGGGAGUUGGUGGGAUGUGCAGAGGUGGUGGCUCAGAUAGGUUUUAUAUGGAAUGGAUACGGAAUAGCUAUCCAAAGAUAAAUUUUAGGCCAGAAUUCAGUCAAAAGGCCAAUGCCGUUUUUAUAAAACCCAAUGAAAACAAAGGAGUGGUUUCAAGAUUGAAAUCUAUUCAGAUUAUAGAUGUAUAUACUAAUGAUUUAUGUAUAGACUAAUGGAAACUUUGCAGUGAAUUAAAGAAGGGACUGUAAUCAAAUUCAUUGUGUAGAUCAGAAAAGGGAAGCAAAAGUUUCUUUGGAACAGUUAUUUGGACCCUGAGAUUAUAUAUGUUUCUUCCAACUUUGGGGGGCUCCUAAAUUGAAAAAUCAAUGCAAAUUGAUAGGAUGAGACAGCCUCUUUCUCUGAGCUGUCAAGGACCACAUAAAUAAAAUAGUUUUCGCUGGCCCAACACAAUUCAUCCCUAAACUGGCAGUCUCACUUGAGUGAAGCCGCAAUGAUCAUUUAUGCCCGUUGAAUGAAAAUGCCGUAGUGGUGCAUUAAGGAAAUUUCUCCUGGGCUGGGAAUGCUCCACCUUGUUGGAGCAGAAUAGGCUGAGUUCUUGUUGUGCUUUCCUUGGUCAGGGAGUGCCACAUGAAGACAGAGAUAGACAAUAGAUUAAAACAAAACUGAAAUCGAAUCCUGGUCUUUGUGGACUCCAGUGGAGAGAGACUCAGCAAUGUGUAGGCAAUGAGAUACACAGUGGAUAUUCUGUAAUGAAUGACUCAGUGCAGCUCAGGACACUAUGAGGGUCUGCUGAACAACACUCAAACAUUCAGCACCAAUUCUGCUGCUCCUAGGAUUUUGUGGCCCUAUUUUAUUUUUUUAAAGUUGAGAUUCAGUUGUCAUUUUUCGUAGUGUUACUUCCAAGAGAUUUGUACAAUAGAUCAAUGAUAGUAAUCUCUUCUUUAAUUUUUUAUUAUUAUAUAUUAUAUAUAUAUAUAUAAAUAAAUAUAUAUAAUUCAGUUAUGCCCGAGGGAGUGUCCCUCUCAGCCUGCAGAUGUAGAUUAGACACAGCCUGCACUGUCACUAAUCUAAUGUUCUUGUGGAACAGUCUAAAAUAAUAUAAUUUGAAAUAAUAUUGGGGGUGUGGGGGGCGGGGGGUAGAUUUGGCAGUGAAGGUAGUUUCUAAAAGAAAUUGUUUCAAGGUCACAGUUGGUUAUAGGCCCUGAUCUGGGUAAAUUAGAACACUGUUAACUGUGGGAAUUGGCAUUGACUGAUGUCCAGAGUGUUGAGUGAAAUUUUCAGUUGGGUGUAAGGGUGCUUGGUGAAAGCAACCUGUCACAGUCGCAUUGUGAUCCCGUCAGCGCUCAACACCAAGCCAAGCAGUCUCACUCAGUGAGAGAUAGGAAAGUAUCAUCGUGACUUCUCAUCUGGGGAAGAGGCUGGUACCUUUUUAGGAAUUAAUUCCUCUAGUUGUGAUGUGUUAGCAACAUAGUAAGCUGAGUAGGAAGAUUUCCCUUGGUUGUUAUCUUUAGCAACAUCUGAAAAAAAGCACUUAGGAUCAUUCUCACGUUGUACCACAUUUACGAUGUCACUAACACUGCAUACAAGGAAAAGAGGAUAUGGAUUUGCUAUCUCUCCAGUGUCAUUAGGAGAUGGCAACUUAUAAUGUGUCCUUUACCCACUGUAUGUUAUUGGUGUUGUAAACAUUACAGCAAUACAUCUUUUAUUUGCAUUUGUGACAACUGCUAACACAGAGUGAUCAAGGGGCAUUGUCAGUCAUUGCAGGGACCUUUGCUGUUUUGCUGUCUCUGCUGUGCCCGGCCCGAGAGCACUUGAUGCUGGUAAUGUUUUGGAGGAAGAUUUUUUUAAAAAUUCUAUAUGAAAAAACACAAUUCUGUGUAAAAACAAAAGUCAAAAAGAAAGCCACUUUGAAAGAUUUUCACUUCUCAGGGAGAUGCAAUAGUUGGCCUAUGGGGACAUUUGCACCACCUACAAUCUGAGAAACAAAGUGACCAUUUAUUUUUGGUUUUGAGGAGUGCCGGGAGAAUUGGGACUUAAUGAGUCAAACUUUACCUCUGGGGGCAAGGUGCUCUGCAUCAGACCAGUGUCACAAAUAUUCAAAGACCCCUUUGGUUCCUGUUUUGUAAACAUGCCAUCUUAGACUGAGAUAACACAGUAUGGAGCUGGAGGAACACAG